AUGUCUGCAACCCGAUUUACCAGGGCGGCGAGGCCCCUCAGCCGAUCCCUGGCCCCCUUCAACGCCCCCCGCGCCGCAGCCCGGCAACGGUUCACCACAACGUCUACUCGGCGUGCCGCUCCUGGCAACGGCGAGGGCCCCCGGGCUGCAUCAACAUGGCCGUUCCCGGUCGUCUUUGCCGCCACCGCUGCUGCCGGUCUGCUGGGUUGGGGUGCGUCCGAAAUCCGGCACCAAGGCUUCCCUGGCGCCGUGCUUCUUGACGGCACGUUUGCCGCGCCUGCCUAUGCAAGCGUGCGGGGGAUGGAACAGGCUUUGGACGAGAUUCGCCAAGAAAUCGGAGACGAGGACAUUAUCUCCAUUGAUCCCGAGGACUUGCACUCCCAUGGAUACUCCGAGUGGUCUACAGUCAAUCCGGAAGGGCUGCCAGUCGCCGUGGCCUAUCCGCGGUCCACGGAGCAGGUAUCGAUCAUCGCACGCAUCUGCCACAAGUACUGCGUCCCCAUCAUCCCCUAUUCAGGGGGCUCGAGUCUCGAGGGGAACUUUUCGGCUCCGUUUGGUGGCAUCAGCGUUGAUUUUGCCUAUAUGGAUAAGAUCAUCCAGUUUAACAAGGAUGAUAUGGACGUCGUCGUGCAACCGAGCAUCGGCUGGCAAGACCUGAACGAGCAACUCUCGAAGAUGGGCGCUGGGCUCUUCUUCCCCAUCGAUCCUGGCCCGAGUGCUAAGAUCGGCGGCAUGAUUGGUACUAACUGCUCCGGCACCAACGCUGUCAAGUACGGAACGAUGAAGGACUGGGUCAUCAACCUGACGGUCGUGCUUGCUGACGGCACCAUCAUCAAGACAAGGCGGCGGCCGCGCAAGUCGUCAGCGGGCUACAACCUCAACGGUCUAUUUGUUGGUUCCGAGGGCACUCUCGGACUGGUCACCGAGGCAACGGUGAAGCUCGCUGUCAUCCCCGAGGAGUUUUCUGUGGCGGUCGUGACCUUCCCUUCGAUUCGGCACGCUGCCUCCGCUGCCGCUGAGGUGAUGCAGACCGGUAUCCCCGUGGCCGCCAUGGAGAUUAUGGACGAGGUCCAGAUGAAGGUUGUCAACAUGGGAGGGGCUACCGCACCGAGAGUUUGGAAAGAAAUGCCGACUCUCUUCUUCAAGUUUUCUGGGACGAAAGCUGGUGUAAAGGAGAACAUCGGGCUGGUGCAGAAGAUUACCAAAUCCAACAAGGGAAGCAACUUUGAGUUCGCCAAGGACGCCAGGGAACAGAAGCUCCUUUGGUCUGCCCGGAAGGAGUCGCUGUGGUCUAUGCUUGCAUUACGCAAAGAGGGCGAGGAAGUUUGGAGUACCGAUGUUGCCGUACCAUUCAGCAGGCUUGCGGAUAUCAUCGAAGUCAGCAAGAAAGAGAUGGAUGAUCUGGGCCUAUUUGCCAGUAUCCUAGGCCACAUUGGGGAUGGAAACUUCCAUGAGAGCAUCAUCUACAAUCGACAGGACCCGAAGGAAAGGGAAAAGGUUGAGAUUUGUGUGAAAAACAUGGUCAAGCGAGCGCUAGAGAUGGAGGGCACCUGCACCGGUGAACACUCAAUUGGUUGGGGCAAAAAGGAAUCACUUGUCUGGGAGGUUGGACAAGACACCCUGGGAGUCAUGGUCAGUUUCAAAAACCGCCUUGAAUGA